CAGUCCUUUGAAAACAGGACGGUUGGUCACCCGGUGAGCCCCCCUAUAUCCCCAGGGGAAAGGCUCCUGUUGAGGUUUCUGGAAUAUGUGGCAAGACUGUAAAGCCUCGCCUGUUAUGACGACUUCAGCUGUAUCCAGCAUGCUCCAAGGCCACAGCCCUGUGUUCCAGGCCUUGCUGGGAACCUUCUUCACCUGGGGGAUGACGGCAGCUGGGGCGGCUCUCGUGUUCAUAUUCUCUAGUGGACAGAGGCGGAUCUUAGAUGGAAGUCUUGGCUUUGCUGCAGGGGUCAUGUUAGCAGCUUCCUACUGGUCUCUCCUGGCCCCCGCGGUUGAGAUGGCCACGUCCUCUGGGGGCUUUGGUGCCUUUGCCUUCUUCCCUGUGGCUGUUGGCUUCACGCUUGGAGCCGCGUUCGUCUACUUGGCUGACCUCCUGAUGCCUCACCUGGGUGCAGCAGAAGACCCCCAGACGGCCCUGGCACUGAACUUCGACUCUGCGUUGAUGAAGAAGUCUGAUGCUGAGGGUCCCAGGCUGCUCUUCCCCGAGAGUGAACUUUCCAUCCGGAUAGGUAGCGCUGGGCUUCUUUCAGACAAGAGUGAGAAUGGGGAGGCGUAUCAGAGGAAGAAGGUGGCGGCCACCGACCUGCCAGAGGGCCCUGCUGGCCCGGUGCCUUCUCGAGGGAACGUGGCACAGCCCGGCGGCAGCAGCUGGAGGAGGAUUGUGCUGCUCAUCUUGGCCAUCACCAUACACAACGUCCCAGGGGAGAGAUGGAGAUACAGGAGGGCCAGGGAGAUGGAGAGAGGCAGACACACCCACCUUCCAACCCCAGGAGAAGACUGGCGAGGGCUGACUCAGCUUGAGAGCAUAUUCUCAAGUUUGUCUUCAAGACCCCUCUCCCCCUGCAUCCGGGGACUCACAGCGCCAGAGGGUCUUGCUGUUGGAGUUGGAUUUGGGGCUGUAGAAAAGACGGCAUCCGCCACCUUUGAGAGUGCCAGGAAUUUAGCCAUUGGAAUUGGGAUCCAGAAUUUCCCAGAGGGCCUCGCUGUCAGCCUCCCCCUGCGAGGAGCUGGCUUCUCCACCUGGAGAGCCUUCUGGUACGGGCAGCUAAGUGGCAUGGUGGAGCCUCUGGCCGGGGUCUUCGGUGCCUUUGCCGUGGUGCUGGCUGAGCCCAUCCUGCCCUACGCUCUGGCCUUCGCUGCUGGAGCCAUGGUCUAUGUGGUCAUGGACGACAUCAUCCCCGAGGCUCAGAUCAGUGGAAAUGGGAAGCUGGCGUCCUGGGCCUCCAUCCUGGGAUUCGUGGUGAUGAUGUCACUCGACGUUGGCCUGGGCUAGUGCUGAAGUGCCUCGGAGCCCAGGAAAGGCAGCAUGAGGAAACUACGAUGGUUGGCUUCUAUGGGACCACAUGCCCCUUUCUUCACAUUAAAACAUUUUUCCUUUUGCUUCUUUUCAUCUCAUUAUCCUAAUUGACUCUGAUUAUAGUAUGACAAUUUUUACUUUUCUUUUGAGAGAGAUAUUGGUUUUAUCUGGAAUUUCAAGGUGUCAUAGAACUACAGAUUUUUGCCUGGUCACUAAAUGGACUCUUUCUUCAGUGGGAUUACCAAGGACAUACAGAUCAGGAAAAUCUCUGCUUUUGUACCUUCACUCUCCCUCGCUAGAUUUAAUGGCAACUCCUCAAGGUCACCUACAGAAGCAAGCUACCAAGAGAGAAGUUGCCUAAGCAUUUCUGCCUGGUGACUCAGAGCACAAUGGCCAGGACAUUUUUUGUCUAUCCCUCCUGAUCUGUCACCAUAGAUCCUCUACCCAUCUAGACCGGAACUGGAGCAUCGUGGACAUAGCAAGUACUUUCCAAGGCCCAGCCAGCCCAAGGAAGAAUGUAUCUUCCCCUACCUCCCCCAGGGAGAUGCUGUAUGGGAGGGGAUACAGAAAAGGGAAGAAAAUGAGCUAGUCUUUCUCUCUCUCUUUUUAAGGCAAAGAUUGACACUACUGAAGUUAAGGGAAUUAGGACAACUGUGAACACACAGGGAGCCUGUGACAAGAGGACAGAGUAUGGCUUUGAUCUCUAAUGAUUGCAAGAGCAAAGUAGUUUGUCAUGGUGUCCAAAUCCCCCAGAUGUUUAUUUUGAUAAGUUGAUAGCUUCGUUUUUCUAAGAGACUUGGGGACACCAGCAAUCUGCUAGAACCCAAACACUUCAUUUACUUAUGGAGGGAGCCACUUAAGCUAAUUUAAGUGAAUGAAAGACAUUUAGAAUCUGCACUGGGUCCCUCUCUGUUGACCAUUUGGUAGCUUGUAACCUGACCCAGGACUCUUAAGCUGCAGCAGGCUUUGCUGGAGUUUGGCCAGAGAGUUUAGGAUUAGAAAGGAAGAAGGGAUAGGAGAACAAAAAAAAAGGAGAGAGAUUUUUACAUUUCCCUUUUAAAGUAAACUUUAGCCAAGUCAUCAUUCUGAAAUGACCCUAAAGAAUGACUUGAACGAGACUAGGAGCGAAUCUACUCCUUGUUACACGUAGCUUCUCCAACAGGGUGAUAAAACAUGUCUGCUUCAAACACAGUAAGGCCUGCCAUCCUCAUUGGUCAAAGGAGCGCAUGGGACCUUGACUGGGCUCCACUGGCAAGGCAGGCUGCCCAAGAGCCAGGUAUUCAGACAUUGUGUUAUCAACACCUGCCCUGAGUUUACAUGUUUCAUUGCUUCCAAGGGUGAAUACCCUGCUCUGUGAAUGCUCUAAGAACCCAAGGGCCAACCCUAUGCUGAGUCUAUGUGUGUUCUUCCAAAGCACUGAUGAUCAAAAUUGAAGACACAUUCAGAGGUUUGAUUGGUUGAAAUUAAUUGGUUUGGUGGUUGGUGUUUGUGUAUUUUUAUGUCUUUGUAUGUAGUUCUGCAUAAUGCAAACUUCUUUCUGAUGGACAAGACCUCAUACUGUGAUUAAUAUCAAUAAAAGGGAUAUUGUCAUGGA